AUGCGAGCUGGAAGCAGAGCUCGCUGGCGCAGCCCGACCCCUCGUAGGAGUAAGGCGGCGGCCGAGAUGGAAGCACCGGGUUUUCCAAGCAAGUUACGGGAGGGGCCGCUGCGCCUGCGCAACGUGCGCUUCGCCUCCGCCGUCAACUCGGUGUGCGCCGCCGCGCGCUACCACUACGUCACCGUCCUCAUGAAGGGGGAGGCGGAGCCGGGGGCGGAGCCGCGCAACCGCGAGCCCGAGAAGAACGAGGGUUGGGAAUGGGUGAAAUGGGAUGAAUUUCCUCCAGCAGAUCAGCUGUUCUGGGCCUUGCGCUGCUUAAGAGAGCAGGGUUAUGAUCCCUUCACAGAAGAGCUCGAUCACCUGAAGGGGUACACGGGAAGCCACCAGCUCGCGUAA